GCACGACUCCUUUUGCAUGCGAUCCUUGCGGAGAAGGCAACUCUGUUAUGCAAAAAGGACUGACAUCUUCCUUCUCCCCAUUUUCCUGCUCCUUUCGUCCUUUCUCUCUCUUCUUCCUCUGACUCAGGCGUGGAUGACGCAAAAACCCAGCCGUUCCACUGCUUUCCCCGCGUAUUCGGAUCUUAUCGAGUUCCACUUGAUCUGUGCCCGUGCCGCAACACCAAAAAAAACACCAACUCCAACAGCACCAGCACCAUGGGCGUCUCAGACAUCCCCAAACUCGAACACACCCCCGUUGAGCAGAUAUCUGCUCAGGUAGAAAAGACCCGACAGUCUUUUCUUGAACACAAGACUCGCAAUGUGGAGUUCAGACUGGUUCAGCUCCGCAAGCUCUACUGGGCGUUGAAGGACCGCGAACAGAAGAUCCUCGACGCUCUGGCUCUGGACCUGGGUAGGUCCACUUUCGAGAGUACAAUAUCCGAGACCGGAUGGGUUCAAAACGACAUCAUCUACGUGACUCGCAAUCUACGCAAAUGGUUGAAGGAUGAGAAGGCGGAUGAUAUUGAUUUGAUGUUCAAGUUCAUGAAUCCUGUGAUCAGGAAGGAUCCGCUGGGAUGUGUUCUCAUUAUCGGCCCGUUCAAUUUCCCCUUCCAAUUGACUUUGGGUCCCCUCAUCGGCGCAAUCGCAGCCGGUAAUACCGUCGUCAUCAAGCCCAGUGAAGCGGCCUCCAACAGCGCUGUCUUGAUGCAGGAGAUUGUCGAGGCUGCUCUUGACCCGUCAUGUUACGCAGUCGUACAAGGCGGUGCUCCCCAGACACAGGCUUUGCUGGCAGAGCGAUGGGACAAAAUCUUCUUCACCGGCAGUGCGAACGUCGGUCGUAUUGUUGCUAAAGCAGCAGCACCGAACCUGACACCCGUGGUCCUGGAACUAGGCGGCAUUAACCCGGCGAUCGUGACCAAGAAUGCCAACCCCAGACUGGUGGCGCGCAGGAUGCUAUGGGGUAAGACCUUAAACGCAGGCCAGGUCUGUACAUCGCAGAACUACCUGUUGGUGGAGAAGGAUAUCGUGCCCGCUGUCAUCGAGGAAUUCAAAAAGGCAUACAAGGAGUAUUUCCCCAAAGGAGCCAGGGCGUCCCCGGAUUACAGCCGUAUUAUCAACGAGGCUUCCUUCCGUCGCAUCAAGGGCAUGCUUGACAGCACUCAAGGGAAGAUCCUUCUUGGAGGCACGCUCGAUGAAGAGGAACGCUUCAUCGAACCCACUCUCGUCCAGGUCGAUUCCAUCGAUGAUCCGCUUAUCACGCAAGAAAGCUUUGGUCCUAUUCUUACUAUUCUUCCUGUAGACAAUGCCGAAGAGGCCGUAAAGCUUUCCAACCAAGUCAUGUCCACGCCUCUUGGCAUUUAUCCCUUCGGCACCAAGGUUGAAACGGACAAAAUCCUAGCAACCACCCGCUCCGGUGGAGCCGCAGUCAAUGACGCUGCUCUGCACAUCCCUACCCUCCCCUUCGGCGGUGUCGGUGAGAGCGGCUACGGUGCAUACAGAGGAAAAGCGAGUUUCGACGUCUUCGUGCAUCGUCGCCCUAUCACGGUCAGCCCGGGCUGGGUUGAAACGUUCCUGGGAAUUCGCUAUCCUCCUUACGCUGGCAAGCUGAAAUUAUUCAAGGCGGGCACAGCAUUGGUUCCUGAUUUCAACCGGGAGGGUCGUAAAAUCCGAUUCGCCUGGUUGCGGCAAUUUUUGGGUCAGAAAACUGUUGGUAAAGUGGUAGUUUUGGCUGCGAUUAUCUAUGCUUUGGCCAAGUUGCGCCAAAACCGGUCAUCACCAUCCAGAGCCUGAUUCCAACCUGAACUUUUUUUUUACUUCUUGUGCGGAUAUUUUGUCAAGACCCGAUCUCAACCUGAUCCUCUCCAAGUUUGCAUGUCUCUUGGAUCUAUGUUGUGUAAUAGGUUCCAAUUAAUCUAUGUAUGAAUGGACAAUUGUUUCUCUCUAUUCAAUCAGACUGUUUUCUAUAUACUAGGUUCCAGGAUUUCUAUAUGCCCUUCAUCAAGCAUAAGAUAUCAACAAGAGCAGCAUCCAACUAUCAAUACUAAUACAGUCCGAUCCAUUCAGUUUAGGCCCAAUGGACAGGGCAGCUUUCCUACCAACAAGCAACGUGACAUAUAGUCAGCAAUCUGGACUACUUUGAAAAUCCAUGAAUGUUUUCCCCCUCUCCACAAUUAGGGUGGCAGAGUCAGAGACCCGUCUUGAAACAACCAUGAAAGGAAAUGGAUAUCUUCAAGAUUCGAAGUGUUGUUCCAGGAAUAAUGGGAGCUCAUCAUGCUGGAUUGGUAGAUGGAUAAAGGGCAUACCUGAUGUAUAGCUACGUGUAACUAUCACUUCCAGUCAUCAUAACGAGGUAUUACCUGUUUUUGGUAUUAGGGUUGAAAAGCAGGACCAGUAUGAUUUUGUCAGAAAUGAAGCACAAAAGUAAAGGGGACUCGAGUCAAGUCCCCAGAGUUGGCAGACUAUUCAUCAAGAAAUGAAGGAAAAGAAACAAAAGAAAUUCCAAAUGUGCACGAGUAGGGCGUUGGCCUUAGUUCUAUCCAUGUUUUCAGUGUUUUCAGAAGUUAUUCAGCAUGACUUCGUACUCAGACGAUCACUAUGGGAGAUAGUAGGUACAGGGUUGAGUGAUAGACAUACUUUUAGUGCUGCCUGGAUUUUG